UCAACACGCAGCUCUUUGCGAGAUGAGCUAAUUCAGAGCAACUUGAAAAAAUACUGACAACAAAACUUCCCGAACAGACUCAGGCGCAGUUUUUCAGUUUCCUCGUGAAAACCGUGACUGAAACUUUAAACUCAGCGCAUUUAAUUUUUAUUUCUGUGUUUAAUUCGAUUUAAAUUGAGGAGUCAGCAGCUCUGACAUGUGUCAACAUACUGAGCAGUGAAUAUCAGUAAAUAUCAGCCGUGGUUUGUUUUUAAUCUCUAAGUCUUCGCAGCGUUCAGACUCUGUUGGAGGAUUCAGGAUGAAUGAAGAAGAGCUGGUGGAGUAUUUCAGGGCUCAGAUGAGGAAGGACCCGGACAUGGCCUCUGCUGUGGCCGCUAUCCGCACCCUGCUUGAAUUCCUCAAGAGAGACAAAGGAGAGACCAUCCUGGGCCUGAGGGAGAGCCUGAAGUGGGCCACAGACUGCCUGACAGGAGAGGACUCCUCUGUGGCCGUGUCCUCUGGAGGAGAGCUCUUCCUGCGCUUCAUCAGCCUCACAUCGCUGGAGCACCAGGAUCUGUCUCGCUGUAAGAAGGUGAUGGAGGAGAGAGGAGAACUGUUUCUAGAGAAGAUCUCCAUGUCCAGGACCAAAGUUGCAAAGCUCUGUCACACCUUCAUCAAAGACGGCGCUAAAAUCCUGACUCACUCGUACUCCAGAGUCAUCCUGAGGGUGCUGGAAAAGGCUGCAGCUGAGAAGAAACGCUUCUCUGUCUAUGUGACUGAAUCGCAGCCUGACUCAGCCGGGCGACAGAUGGCAGAGGCCCUGAGGAAACUCAAUGUUCCAGUAACAGUGGUCCUGGAUGCAGCUGUGGGGUAUGUCUUGGAGAAAGUCGACCUGGUGAUUGUCGGUGCAGAGGGGGUUGUUGAGAGUGGAGGGAUCAUCAAUAAGAUCGGCACUUACCAGAUGGCCGUGUGCUCUAAAGCUCACAACAAGCCUUUCUACGUCGUGGCGGAGAGCUUCAAAUUCGUCCGCCUGUAUCCGCUCAACCAGCAAGACGUGCCCGAUAAAUUCAAGUACAAAGCAGACACCCUGAAGACUGUACAGAACCUGUCAGAGGAGCAUCCCAUGAUUGAUUACACGCCUCCCUCCCUCAUCACCCUCCUCUUCACUGACCUGGGAGUCCUCACCCCGUCGGCUGUCAGCGAUGAACUCAUCAAGCUUUAUUUAUAACUGUGCCUCACCAUCCUCAAUAAAAAUGCAUCGUCAGAACGAA